AUGGCUUCACAAGGAGAGCAAUUCCCUCCACAAAGGCAAGAGAAACAGCCAGGGAAAGAGCAUGUCAUGGACCCAAAUCCUCAGUUCUCAGCUCCAGAAUAUAAGCCCUCUAAUAAGCUCCAAGGGAAGAUAGCGCUGGUGACGGGCGGAGACUCCGGGAUCGGGCGGGCGGUGUGCAACUGCUUCGCCUUAGAGGGCGCAACGGUGGCAUUCACGUACGUGAAGGGUGAGGAGGACAAAGACGCCAUGGACACACUGAGAAUUCUGAGAGAAUCCAAGACCCCAGAUGCCAAGGACCCCAUGGCAGUGGCAGCUGAUCUGGGGUAUGACAGAAAUUGCAUGAAAGUUGUGGAUGAAGUGGUUAAUGCUUAUGGAAGAAUUGAUAUUCUGGUUAAUAAUGCUGCUGAGCAGUACAAGGCUGCCUCUGUGGAAGACAUUGACGAGGAGAGGCUUGAGAGGGUGUUCAGGACUAAUAUUUUCUCCUACUUCUUCACUGUAAGGCAUGCUUUGAAGCACAUGAAGGAGGGGAGCUCCAUAAUCAAUACAACAUCAGUCAACGCAUACAAGGGCAACGCCAAGUGGCUGGACUACACGGCCACUAAAGGCGCUAUAGUGUCGUACACCAGAGGCCUUGCGCUUCACCUGGUCGACCGAGGCAUACGUGUCAACGGCGUCGCUCCAGGGCCAAUAUGGACGCCAUUGACUCCGGCCUCUUUCAGCGAAGAAGAAACUGCAAAAUUCGGUUCCCAAGUACCUAUGAAGAGAGCUGGUCAACCUAUUGAGGUUGCACCUUCAUUUGUGUUCCUUGCCUGCAAUCACUGCUCUUCCUACAUAACUGGCCAAGUCCUUCACCCUAAUGGUGGGACUAUAGUGAAUGCUUGA